AUGGCUUUGAGGCAGCUGUCGACCAGGUGUCUUUCGGGCGUCAAUGGACCUUUAUUGAACGUUCUUGGACGUCCUGCUAUUAAUUUGGGCAUUCGAAGAUAUUCAACUCCUGCGAGCGAAGAGACACCUGUUGACCCAAAACAAAAGGCUCUAAGUAUUAUCGAUGCUCUACCUGGAAACUCUGUGAUUUCAAAGACGGGUUACAUUACGUUGGGAACUGGAUUAGCUACCUAUGUGCUGUCCAAAGAGCUUUACGUGUUCAACGAAGAGACUCUUGUGGUUGUUUCUUUCGCUGCCAUGGCUCUCCUUUUAUACCGUGGUAUCAAGAAACCUUUCAAUGACUGGGCGACAGAAGAAAAUGAGCGAGUUAACGGUAUUCUUCGUCAAGCUCGGGCGGAUCAUAAGGCUGCAGUUGAAGAUCGAAUUGAAACUGUUGGACAACUAGGUGAUAUUGUAGAUGUCACCAAGGCGCUGUUUGCCAUGUCAAAGGAAACAGCAACUCUGGAAGCAGAAGCCUUUGAAUUGAAACAAAAUGUUGCCGCUGCUGCAGAAAUUAAAUCUGUCUUAGAUUCUUGGGUUCGAUAUGAGGCUGCCAUCCGUGAACGUGAGCAAAAGGCUUUGGCAGAAGCCGUCAUUGAGAAAGUUAAGGCCGCUAUUUCUGAUCCCAAAGUGCAACAACAAAUUUUGGAAGAAUCCUUGGCUGAAACUGAAAGAAUUAUUGGCGCCAAGACAGCUUGA